AUGAUAGAAUAUUCAGAUGCAGAAUUUGAAAAGAAGCUAAUGCUUUUAAAAGACACUCAGGAUGCAAUUCAAUCAUUGUCUGCAUGGUGCCUUAAACGACAUGAACAUUACAAAAGCAUUAUCACUAUCUGGUUAAAAGCUAUUAGGAAGGUGAAGAUCGAGAAACGUUUGACUUUGUUUUAUUUAGCCAACGAUGUUAUACAAUACAGUAAGAAAAAGAAUUACAAGUUUAUUGAUGGAUGGGCAACUGCUAUUCAAAAAGCUAUCCCCUAUGUCAGAAUUAUUAAAAUUUGGGAAGAACGGGGUGUAUAUGAUGAUAGUUAUUUAGCUGAUUUAACUGGUUUAUUAACUACACCAAUUCAGAAAUUAAAAUUAGCUGAUCCGGUACAAGAGUUUCAAAUACAUGCAUUAGCGGUUAAAAUACGUUCUUGUGUUAAACUGGAACAGAUUACAGACUUGAAGAUGAAAAAUUUAAGAGAAGCUAAUCUGCCUCUUACUAAUAAUGAAGCUAUACAGAACAUGUUAAAAGAUCGAACACGAAGUCACGAGUUUUUGAAUGAAUUAAAUGAUGGUAUGUCGAAAAUUGAAAGCUACAUUAAAUGCCUCAAACGAGAAACUAUUGAUCGUGCUCAACUAAUUGAUGCUUUAGAAGUCGCUACAUCUUAUUAUGAAGAACAAAAUGGCGAAGUUACAACUGUUGCUCAAGCAUAUUUCAACUACACUAAAAGAGUAAAACUUUUAAAAAGCAAAUUGGAAUCUUUAGUUGAUUCUAUGCCAACAGAUAGUCCAAUGCCUUCACCUGAUAUUAAUGCACCAUCCCCUUCAACAUCUUCAGUCUCUAUUGAAGACUUAAACAUACACAAUAUCAAUUAUGACACUGUAUUAAAUUCUGAUAAAUAUAUGAUGAAUUCUUCAAUGGAAAAUAGCAUUAAUGACACUGAUAUUUAUGUGCCCACUACAGUUAUCAAUAAUAUUAAGUCAUAUAUUGCUCCUGACACGUAUACUACUGUUCAAGAAUUGUAUGAUCCAGCUUCUGUAAGUUUUCCAGCAAUAGAAAAUCAAGAUCAACAAUCAUUAACUAGCCAGUUUCCAUAUGAUGCUCCAUCACCACCUCCAGAUGAGACUUUUGCAUAUUCAGCUUUUCCUAAUCAAACAAAUGUUUCAUAUACUAAUGAUAUGAAUAAUCAAAAUAAAAGUUCUACAUAUUCUACAAGUAGUUAUGAAGCUUAUGUACCUACUCCGAUGUCAUCUAGUCAGCAAUUUAUAACGACUGAAUUCUCUAAUAAUAUGAUACCUCCUACUAACUCGUCAUCUCUUAUAAAUGAAAAUACUAUACCAGUAUCUCAUGUUCCACAAACGGCUUGGGAUGUAACUGUACAUAGUGAUUGGUCAACAAAUGACACACCAGCAUCACCGCCUUUUCAUGAAAAAAUCUCCUAUCAAAAUACUCCCAUUAUCAGUAAAACUGAUGGAGGGCCAGGAAUCGAUCACUGUGUUUUAGCGUCAAAAAUAAUAGAUAGAGAUGAAAGACUAUUUGUUGUCAAAGAUCCUUUUUUUAAAGAAAAAUUUCAAUGGUUAAACAAAUUUCUUCGACAUGAAAGAAGUAGCACUAUCAGACCAACCUAA